AUGUACAACGACGACUACGAUCGUAAUGAUCCGAGACGCCUGAGUUAUAUAACAUCCUCUGUCGACGAGUCAAUAACAACUAUCCCGCGCGUCGCCGAAGGAUCUGAGUCCUCUCUUUCCCCGUCCUCGCCACGCCACCAAUCCUCGUCAGACGUGCAUACGAUACAAGCAAAUGGAAGCCAGCGGCCGCCGCUUAUUGCAAAUCGGUCUUUCGAUUUGGAAAGUGACCCGGGGAAUGCUGACGGUACUCGAUUGCCCUCGGACACUGCAACGUCCUCUUUUCCUCUCAACGAUAUCGACUACGAAUCGAACCCUGCAGCUGUCGCUCAGGAACUGAACAAUCUCGCCGCGAUCCGGCGCAUGUCGAUGGAUGUGGCCGCUGCCGGUGACCCCGACCUUCCAGGCUUCGCUCCACCCCCCUCACCCUCGGCCGAUGAAGAUGACGCCUCCCGGUUAUUCUGGGUUCCUGCGCGGCUGCACCCCGAACUGGCACCGAAAGAAUUCAAGUCGUUUCUCGAUAGCAAGGCCGACCAUAUCAAGCGCAGAUCCGGCGAUUAUGCGACUUUGGGCCCCGAACGUCAGGGGUCGGUAGGUGGUCUUAACCGCAAACGUUCGAUGUUAUCGAGACAAAUCGACAACUCGUCGGGUUAUACAGAUGGCGCGGAUCGGUUGGAACGUCAACGCUCUCAAUCAAAUAGGCGAGCUGGCAUGUUGACUCCCAACCUGCAACAGUUGGAAACCUUGGUCGAUGACUCGAACCCGGUGGACAAAGAAUUACUCAUGCAGGGCAUGCAUAAUAUCGACCUCGCAGGAAACGAGGACAUGCCGAUCCUGCCACCCGCACCUCUGGGAAACAGCCUACGCCGGUCAACGCGGACACAAUAUAAGAAAGCUAGCAGUUUGAAAAAGGGCGAAAAGUUGCCCUACUCUAAACGAGUUGGACGGGGCGCAUCUGAAUCUGCAGGGAGUGAUACAGGACAUCCGGUUGUUAUACCUCAAGAUCCCACAAUCGCUGGGAUCACCGGUGUCUCGACUGAUUCCUCCCCCAAAACGACUCGAGCGGCUCGAGCCCCCUCUGCCUCAUCGCAUGGCUCACCUUACUCACCAAGUUCACCUUACUCACCAAGUUCACCUGUGAGUUCGACAUUCGAUUCAGUUAUUGAUCAGCCUGAGGCCGAGCAGGAAGGCUUUUCCACCUCUGAUGGGCAACCGGAUGCUACUUUGGAUCGAUCCGAUUCAGGAGAUACGACCAAUGCACGAGUAUGGCAUUCUCGUAUCAGCUCGAAUGGCCGAUCUACCUUGGAUGCAGCCCCAGGCGACCCGAAGAUUCCUGCAAUAAUCGAAACACCUCCCACCACUGAAUCCAACCGCCUACCCAGUCCGCCUUCGCAGAGUAAGCGCUCACCGGAUCGUGCCGCGGCAUCUACACCGUCGUCGAAACCCGCCUCUUCGCAUGACCCGGUACCAAAACGUCCCAAGAAUCCUCGCCAACCUCCUCACGAACCCGCAUCUUCGCUGAAUGAUGUUGCCAAUAACCCUCAGAUGGUACCUGGGAACAGUACCCGUACCGACAGUCUUUCAUUCACCCCUACCACUUCAGAAGAACGCAAACCCGAAGAACGCAAACCUGAAGAACGGAAAUCCGAGAGCAAGAAAUCAAAAGACAAGAAGGAGUCUGAUGGUAGCCGUAAGUCUAGUUGGCACUGGUUGCUGGGUAGCGAGGAAAAGGACAAGAAGAAGGACAAGGACAACGACUCGAAAAAGACCAAAUCGAAGAUUGUCGACAAAACCCAUGACAACACACGGCUGGACGUUUUGCAAUCCUCUAUCGAGAGCACUCAGCGGGGACGCGAAAGUCUUGUUUUAGACCGCCUUGAUCCGAAGCUCGACGAAGAACGACGCAAGGAUGGCGUGAGGAGGGCAUCGGGAGACUCAAAGAAAGAAAAGGAUGGCAUUUUCUCUUCUAUUUUUGGCGGUGGACGAAAGAAGCACAGUGUUGAAAGCCACCACCGAAAACAUUCGUCCCGAAACCUUUCUCCCGAACCCCCAAUGCGAGUACUUCGCGCCGAUGUGGAUUAUGCGUGGUCUCGCUUCUCAAUUCUGGAGGAGCGAGCUAUUUACCGGAUGGCGCAUAUCAAACUUGCGAAUCCCCGGCGAGCUCUGUACUCUCAAGUAUUGCUGAGCAACUUCAUGUACUCAUACCUAGCCAAGGUACAGCAGAUGCAUCCGCAGAUGCCAGUUGUUUCGUCUGGAUCAUCUCAGAAAUCGUCGAAAUCAAGGGAUCAGCCAGAUGAGUAUGCGCAAUAUCAGCGAUACCAACAGUCUCAGGAGCAGCAACACUAUGGAGAAAGUGCCUAUGAUGACUCUUCCAUGUACGACUAUGAUGACGAUCCGCAUGAUCGCUACGGUAGCCAUUCGAGGAGCGGCAAGCAAGGCUACGAAAACGGCCAAGCUUACGGCCCUGGCCACCAGCAGUACGGAGACUCGUCCUUUGGUGACGACGUCCAACUCGAUGACGACGAUGACGAUGAUAUGUGGUGA